AGAAUUUUGUCAAAACUGUUGCACGUUCAUGUUCGAUUCAAGUUGAUUAUAUUGGAAAAGAAUAGACACUUCUUGUUAUUUGUCGUGAAUUACGCAACAAUUGUUCCUAACCUACGUUCAUUGCAUAGCUAUUUCAUAAUCAAGCUCUCGAAGCCGGCCAUUUUUUUGAGUUGUUUUUUCGUCAACCCCAAAGAGCCAUCCGAAUAGGAGAAAAGUGAAGAGGAUACCGAAUAAAUCGCUGAACAAUUUCCACCGACAUCAAUCAGAAUGUCUUUGCUGAAAUACAGCAACCGAGCUCUGAAUCCGGCCAUCAAUACCUUAUAUUUAGAUGGUGUAACCGCUGACGUACGUUUUAUAUUCAAAACCAAAAACGAUCAAUUCGACACUGUUCCAGCUCACAAACCAUUGUUGAUGGCGGUGAGCAAGGUGUUCCGUGCAAUGUUCAAUGGUUCAUGGAAAGAAAAAGACUGUGUGCAAAUUGUUGAUACAACAGCGGUUGCUUUCAAAGAUUUUUUGCAAUUUUUCUACUUCACGGAAGUAGCAGUGAAAAUGUCAACCGUGGCCGCCGUCAUGAAUCUGGGUCAAAAGUACUUUGUUGCUGAUUGUGUUUCAGCUUGCAGCCGAUUUUUGUCCGACAAUCUGACCAACGACAAUGCGUGUUGGGUGUAUGCUCUGGCGGUGAUCUGUAAUCGGGACGAACUGAAGAAGUUGUGCGAAGUGACGAUCGGCAUCAACACAUCGACGGUGCUGAAAACGAGCAGUUUCAUCAGAAGUGAUCAGAAGAUCAUGGCUCGUAUUUUGAAGUUGGAUUCGUUGACCUGUGUUGAAACUGAGCUGUUCGAAGCUGCAUUGGCAUGGGUCAAGGCAACGGCCAAACAGGAUCAACUGAACAGCGAUGUAAUAUUGGCUCAUCUUGGCGACUCAUUCUACGAUAUUCGAUAUGAAUUGAUGCCAAUGCAAGAGUUCACCACCAUUUUUUCGUCAUACGAAACCUUAUUCACGGCUGAUCAGCGCAGAAGCAUCAUCCAAUCGAUUGCAUCGAAAGAAUUCGAAACAAAGACAGAAGUGAACAUCGGUCGUGAAUCUGCCUGGUACAAAUUACCGUUCAUAAUUUGCGAACGCAACUCAAACAUCUCGAACCAGCCGUACGAAAUCGCUGACAUGGAAGUGGAAACAUUCUCAACCAACAAACCAUUGCUGUUGCGUGGUAUCAUUUGUGCCGAAAUUUAUUAUUUCGACGAUUAUUUCAGCCCAAUCAUGGAUGAUAUUCCCGGUCAAAUAAAAAUCUUCGAAUUCCGUGCCACCACAAAUGAUGCCAAGGUUGGGCUACGCACUAUCUAUGAAGACGAUGACAUUGAACUGGAAUACGAUGACAAUGAAUACAAUUUGUGGCUCAACAAACCAGUCAUCAUUAAGCCCGGUAAAAAGUAUCAAAUUCAGUUGACGCUUGAUAUGGAAGACGAAUUCAGCACAAAUAUCAAAAUGAAGGGACAUCAGGUGGCUUCGAAUGGAUUCGUCAUUACUUUUCAUACGGCACAAGAACGUGGUCUCAUUUCUGGACUCAAAUUCAAUCCGUAUUGAUUGAGAUCCAUCUGGACUCAUCUUCAACCCGAAGCUCGUUAGCAUGGGCAUAUUGAGGUGACUUUAGUCUCAAUUCAACAAACGAAAGGAUUUUAAACAGACCAAUUCGACUCAUAUUGAUCGACAGAAUUAGCGAUUGAUCCUUUUUUAAUCCACAAAAAAAAUAGAAAAAUCAAAAGAAGAAAAAAAUGAUUUAGAAUAAGAACAAAAAAUUGAACUCAGAAAUGAUUGGCAAACAAAUAUCUCCGUUUAAGACGAAAAAUUAUUGAACUUUUUUUUUUCAUUUUUGACAUAGAAUUAAUGUAUUGGUCUCUCUUAGCUCUUCAUUUUUGAGAAAAAGAAUAUUUUAUUCUGAAGAAAAAAAAAACACAUUUCUUCUAAAGAAGUUCUUUGAAGAAGCUAAUCAGCCAGUGUGACUGUACUCAUCCAAUGGAAAACAAAGUUACAUUAUUUCAUUCCAUAAAUCAUCAAUUUUACAUCAUUUGACGUAGUGUAUAGCAAUAUCGGCACUGCCAUUGCGUUCAAUUGACUACACGAUUCAUAUUUUGUACCGAACUGCUUUAUGACUAUAUAUGGUACCGUCUCGCAUGAAUGGAAUAUGCGUCGAGCACCAAAAGUACAUUUCUGUUUUUGUUGCAGACUUCAAUAUUUAUCUGCAUCCUCAAUAAUUUUUAUUAUUUUCGUCUCGUUUCUACUUUUCUUGUCUUUUUCAUCUCCUAAUUGCAUUUGGAAUUCCCCCAUACAGUAUAACAUCAACAAACAUGCGUGCGCAGUUCAGCUACGUACCACGUUAGGCAAUAAAACUGAUGCAUUUUCGUCAUAAACUGACUUCCCUUUUUGGGUAAUUCCCGACGUACCCGACAUUUGUGCUCAAAAUGUGCACUCAAAACAAUUAGCAUAUGCUAAUCCCUUUUUCUUUCGUCUACCUUCCAUACCAUUCGGAACUUUAAGCCGAAUUGAUGGUUCACAUUCCCAAUACCUUGUCAAGUGCAAACCCAUCCCUUUUUACCUACUUAUCUCAUUUCAUUGGUCAAUAUGCCUUCCCCACUAUUUUGCAGAAUAUUGAUAAGAAAAACAAUUAGUUAAGCUAGGGAAAAAAUGUGUCUCUAGAACGUAGUCUUCUGUAACUCACCAGCCAAGCAAGACAUAGCUCUGCUUGUGCCUCAUUUGAUCAAUUUAAGAAUAAAAUAAAAACACUUAGUAAAAAAAAAGUGUUUCGUUUCAUAGAAGU